CAGGCAAAGGCUCGCGGGGGCCCCGGGGCGCGGCUGCUGCAGCUCUCGCCGGAACCGAGCCCAGCCGAGCGCCCGUCCGCCCUGCUGCCCGCUGCCCGCUGCGUGCGCUCCGCGCCAUGGCCGGCCUCAACUCGCUGGAGACGGUGAAACGCAAGAUCCAGGCCCUGCAGCAGCAGGCGGACGAGGCGGAGGACCGCGCGCAGGGCCUGCAGAGAGAGCUGGACGGCGAGCGCGAACGGCGCGAGAAAGCCGAAGGCGAUGUGGCAGCUCUCAACCGACGCAUCCAGCUGGUGGAGGAGGAGCUGGACCGGGCUCAGGAGCGCCUGGCCACGGCCCUGCAGAAGCUGGAGGAGGCGGAGAAGGCGGCCGACGAGAGCGAGAGGGGAAUGAAGGUGAUCGAGAACCGGGCCAUGAAGGAUGAGGAGAAGAUGGAGAUUCAGGAGAUGCAGCUCAAAGAGGCGAAGCACAUCGCCGAGGAAGCCGACCGGAAAUACGAGGAGGUGGCCCGGAAACUGGUCAUUCUGGAGGGCGAGCUGGAAAGGGCAGAGGAGCGCGCCGAGGUGUCCGAGCUAAAAUGUGGUGACUUAGAAGAGGAACUUAAGAAUGUCACAAACAACCUGAAGUCACUGGAGGCCGCGUCAGAAAAGUAUUCUGAAAAGGAGGAUAAAUAUGAAGAAGAAAUUAAACUUCUGUCGGACAAAUUGAAGGAGGCCGAGACCCGUGCUGAAUUCGCAGAGAGAACGGUUGCAAAACUGGAGAAGACCAUUGACGACCUCGAAGAAAAACUCGCCCAGGCCAAAGAAGAGAAUGUGGGCUUGCAUCAAACACUGGACCAGACAUUAAACGAACUGAACUGUAUAUAAGCCACAGUGGCAGCGGCGUGCUCCGACCAGCUGCAGAGCCCGUGUGCCCCUGCGUCUUCGACUUUGCUGGAAACAUCACGCUCAUUAUGAACGCGUGACCAAAUAUUUUAUAUACUAGAGAAGCUUUGAGCACCAGUUAAAUCUAAAGCCUUUCUUUCUUUCUUCCCCCCCCCCCCCGCCCCCAAAGUGGCUUUUUCAGCUCUAUUUUUAAUCCUGAAGUUGCGUAUGUUCCUAGGUGAGGCAGGGUGACCCACACUGAGCUAUACUCCGGGAGAAUGGGCCAACCCCACUUUCUCGAGGAGACAGACUCAACUCAUCUGUCAGGUCAUGGGUUGGUUUCAGAUGCUAAGACUCCAGGAGGCUUGGCGCCAUCGCAGGAAAAUGGGUGGGGAUUUUCCACUCAGAGCAGGGGGCAGAAAAAAAGGCUGUGCUGGGGCGCUGUAAAGCAGCUGGCCCCUGACCACAGCCAGCUGUGCGUGAGCGCGCUGGGGAGUGGCCCCCGGACUCCCCCAGGAGCCUGCAUGGCUUCUGUGCUGUUACCUUGUUGCGUCCUCAAGUGGUUCUCUCAGGAGCGGGUGUCUUCACUCCCACGGUGACCGGAACAGUCCUGUUCAGGUCGGCCAUCCGGCCAUCCGUACCACCUAUAGGUUGGGCAGGAGGGGCGAGGUACUUUUUGUUUUUCGCUUCAUCUCCAUAGCUGAGGGAAAUCGCAAAGUGAUGGUUUCUUUUUGUCUUAGCACUUUGGGAUUCCUUCUUCAGGACCAAGUUAACGAGACCAAAAAAAAAGCAACCUCCUGAUUGAACUGGAUGGUGGGGCGUAUCGUAGGCAGCGACUGCACACUGUAGCUUUUUCGAUUUCCGCUUUCUCGGAUAACAUCUCAGAGCUCAAACAUUCCAUGUUCCCUGAGCGCGUGGGGGCCGACUCCAAGUUUACAAAUCUGACGAAACUCGCCCUGCUUCCAGCUUAUCUGAACCCCCUGCCCCCUCCUAUUUAUUAAGCACCACACUACCCGCCCCUCUGGGAGGCACACUAGCAAAUUGUGCAAUUGAAAAUAAAAACCCACACUUUUCUUUAAGAUUCUUGCGACUGUAUCAUAUGUAAUAGUAUCACCUUUUUCUACAUUUUGGUCAAAUAAAUUUUUACAGAAACUCC